UAUUCUCAUUCAUAGUGGAAAGGAGGAAAUAAAAAUACAUUUGACGACGGGUUUAUGUACAUCAUUUCUGCAAUGUUGCGUCCAGAAAAGGAGGAUCCUGACCUGCAGCUAAGUCUUUCCUCUGACAAGAGUGAUGAUAAACCACAGAUCCACCACACGUUCAUGCCCAAGGGUCCUGUGCUAAAGGAUUCCACUGAAUAUUGUCCUUCAGAAACUUUGUUUAUGAUCAGAAUACAGCUGAAGCGUGUUCCACCAAAUAUUCUGACAAAUAGGACACUAAAGCAUUUGUAUCUUGAAGGAAAUCAGAUAUCCAGUCUGCCAGAGUCCCUGUUCACAAGCUUGCCCAGGCUGCUUUGGCUGGACCUCAGAAAUAACAAAAUUACAUCCCUUCCUGCAGAAAUUGGCUUGCAUAGAUGUCUGAGAACUCUACUGCUAGAAGGGAAUCUUAUCUCAGCACUUCCACGAGAGCUGGGAAAUGUAAUGAGCCUCAAAGCCCUCAAUCUAAGGUACUGCCCAAUCGUUUUCCCUCCUCGUGAUGUUCUGCAACAGGGACUACAGGCCAUCCUACAGUAUCUGAGGGCUGCUAUUGCAGAGGGACCAGUGAGUGUAAGAGCGUCUCUUCCAGAGCUGCCAGAGGUGGAGAAGCUCCAGUUGUCAGAGCUGGUAGGAUCCAGUACAGAGGAGUUGGCCGACGAGGAUGAGCUGCAGAGGUUCAGGGAACUGAAACGCAAAAUUAUUCUCUUGGACAGAACUGAGCUGGGUCCCUCGCCAGCAAAGGAAUACACAAACCCAAAGUGUCACUUUCUUCCUAUCAUCAAGAGAGCAGGUAACUCAGUGGAUAAGAAGCUUGAAGGAAAUCAGAUAUCCAGUCUGCCAGAGUCCCUGUUCACAAGCUUGCCCAGGCUGCUUUGGCUGGACCUCAGAAAUAACAAAAUUACAUCCCUUCCUGCAAAAAUUGGCUUGCAUAGAUGUCUGAGAACUCUACUGCUAGAAGGGAAUCUUAUCUCAGCACUUCCACGAGAGCUGGGAAAUGUAAUGAGCCUCAAAGCCCUCAAUCUAAGGUACUGCCCAAUCGUUUUCCCUCCUCGUGAUGUUCUGCAACAGGGACUACAGGCCAUCCUACAGUAUCUGAGGGCUGCUAUUGCAGAGGGACCAGUGAGUGUAAGAGCGUCUCUUCCAGAGCUGCCAGAGGUGGAGAAGCUCCAGUUGUCAGAGCUGGUAGGAUCCAGUACAGAGGAGUUGGCCGACGAGGAUGAGCUGCAGAGGUUCAGGGAACUGAAACGCAAAAUUAUUCUCUUGGACAGAACUGAGCUGGGUCCCUCGCCAGCAAAGGAAUACACAAACCCAAAGUGUCACUUUCUUCCUAUCAUCAAGAGAAAAACAGAGACUACCAAGGCCAGCAUAAUGCCUCCACUCCCCUUAUCUGACACCCAGCACCAGAAGAAGCCAGACGAAUGGAGGCACAGUGCAACGAAAGCAAUUGAAAAAUUCAAAGUGAAAGAAGCUCUGCAGCAGUGGUGUAGAAAUGCCCAAAAGACAGAGGGGCUGCAAAUGCAGGUGUGGAGGCAGAAGCACCAUGAAAAACAAAGAAGCCAAAAGGAAGCAGAAUCAAAAGCACACCCUGCAGAUUCAAAAAUUGUUCCUGCUCUGAUGUGCAUCUCUUGUGAAAGCAAGUGCCUUGGAUUCAGGUGAAUGCCCACUUAAUGUUACUAGUAUAUAAAUACUGAGGACAAUUUCUUGAUAUUCAGUUGCUCCCGCUUCUAAAAGCUUACA